UACGAGUUACGACGAAGCGAAAUCAGACACACAGUUUGUUGCACUUGCACACCGGUCGAUUUCGUCGGAGUCGUUUGUCUUUAUUAGUUCAGUUAGAAAAUUUUGUAAAAUUCAUCUGUAUUUUAUCGCACGUGGUUGGUUUUUCUCGCUGAUUAUACACCCGUCGAGAGAUUCACCAUGAGCUGCAGUUUUAAUGGUCAAACGAGCAAAGAUGAGGAACUUACCAUUAUGUUUUCAGAGGCGAUGGAUUGGCAAAGUGUUGCAACAAAAUCAUCAGAAGAUGUUGUUAUUUAUCCAGUUAAUGGAGGGCACCGUUCUGGUAGCUCACAGAUCAAAGUUAAAAAUAUAGUUGAUUCAUCAUGGGAUAAAGCUUUCCACUGGGGAAACCUGGUUGCCACUCAUUACAAGGGGCAAUAUUUUGCAUAUGCACUGACAGUCCCCGGAAAAUCAGCUGGCAUGGUUCGAGUGAUAAGAACUGGGAGCAGUGAUAGAAUCCUAUUAAAGGGAUUCCAUGGCUUUGUUCGAGACCUGUCUUUUGCGUUCCAUGAGAAAAGGAUACUUGUGGCUGCUGUCGAUGAAUAUAGUUACCUUCUCGUCCAUGAGAUCAUUGGAUCAACUGCUCAAUUGAUUUUGCAAGUGAAUCCCGAUGGAAUUACUACUGCCACCGACUGCCAUCGUGUAGUCUGGUGUCCCUAUGUCCCAGAAAAUCCCAAAACUCUAGAUGAAUUGAGUGAUGGUUUGAGAAAUGAUGCUGAUGAUCAUGCAUUAAUGCUUGCAGCGGUACAUGAUUGCCGUGUGGAAAUAUGGCAUCUGGGUCAUAUCAAUGGAACAGUCACCUACCCCAGUGUGACUACUGGAUCCACUCAAAUUACCUCAUUUGAUGAUGCUGUUGUUGAUGUGGCAUUUUCUCCAGAUUCAACAGCAAUUGCUGUCGCCAGUUUGGAUGGCUACGUCAGAUUCUUUUUGGUCAAUAUUAAAAAGGAAAUUCCAAAAAUUUUGCACAAGUGGCAACCACAUGAAGGAAAAAGGCUCUCAGGCAUUAUUUUCUUGGACAAUCUCAGUCAUCCAACUAUCAGAGAAUGUCCGCUGUGGAAGUGGGCAGUCACAUCCGCGGAAAACAACACAGAGUUUAAGCUAUGGUCCUGUGAAUUGUGGAAGUGCCAUCAGACGAUCCGUUUCAAAUCGGAUGAUUCUAUUCCCAUUAUCCAAAAAAUGACACUCGACUUGUCGGCUUCAUUCCUUCUUAUUUCCGACAUUCAUCGCAAGGCUUUGUACGUUAUGCACAUAGAACAGGAGCCAGAAGAGAAGAAUCCGCUCUCUGAUGACGGCGAAGAACCUUCCAAAUCGGAAGAACGAACCAUCUCGAAAGUGAGCAGCAUCACUCAACUCCUGUUGCCUUUCUCAGCCAUUAGUGUUGCCAUCCGUGAAGCUUCAAUUAGGCCACCUUCCCAGCCAUUGGGUGACGAGGACUUUGAUGGAGAUGAAAAGGCCAGUAAAGUGAUAAUGAAGAUGUUCGUAGUGCAGCCCAAGUCGCUGCAAAAGUGCAAAGCAGUCUUCGAAUUGGGGACUUCGGUCCCACUGGGCGAGGCUAUUGGAACCUCCUUCUCCACCAUCAACACCACGUCGGAGUAUGAACCGGUGAAUGUAGUCAAAACAGCAUCCGCUACCAACCACAUCAACCUGUUGACACCCGACGCGUUCGUCUCUCCAGCCAAAACCAACACGGAUUCCUCAUCUCAAAAGCAAUUGAUUGUGACUUCACCAGGCACUGUGAGUCCCUUGCCGCCUGCAUCAGGUGAGAUCCUGGCCCUUUCAAGCCCACGACGACCGACACCUGAGGUUACCUCAUCAACGACGCCGAAGCGGAACGGCAUUCCCAGUGGGGGUAGCAGUCCCAGUCGCGAAGUUGAAGAAAUCCUGGGAACAAGACCUAUGACGGAAGGCUCGAUUGAGUCACCCGAUACCUCUUCCGCCACCGUGCCUACUGGUCCAGCUCUUCAAGACGCCUUAUCAGCCUAUCCCAUUUCGUUGUCGCCGGCUAUGGGUCGCUCAGCCUCGGUCAAUAGCAAGGGACCAUCCCCCAUCAUGGAUAAAUAUAACGCACCAACUGUUGAGGAUCCGCUAUGCACUUACCCUACUUCCGCUGUUGCAGCUCCUACUCCUUCCUCCGUAUCUGCGGAUUUAAACGGCAGUUUGCUGGAAUUAUUUAAAGAAGCCCUUGUCGUUGAAGCUUUGCCAGCGCAAGCAGCGUGGCCGUCCGUUCUUCCGCCACUCAACGUUCAACAACUACAACGGCCCAAAGAGCCGCCAGUGCGCGAAACGGAUGCCGGAAAUUCUGCUCAGAUGCAAAUGAUGCAACAGACACUGGACCAAUUGGUUCAGCUCGUCUCUGCUCAACGCGCAGAACAACAACAACUGAAGAACGAGAUUGGUCAGUUGAAGGCGGAAAUGACUCGGAUGCACUCACCGGAACCCAUCCAGCCUCCAUGGAUUGCUCAGAUGGAAUCCACUUUGGCCGUUUAUUUCGAUCGCCAGACUAAAAAGUUGGACGAAGUCAAUUCUCCAGCGAAAACCCAACAAUCCGUGUCGAAACUUCAGUCGACGAUCCGAUCCGAAUUCGAGAACAAGGCGCAUACACUGGAGCAACGAAGUGUUGAUUUUAUCCGCAAGGAAUUGCAAUCGGUCAUUGCGACGGAGAUGAAUAAACUGGAACCGUUUUUGAAAAACUCUACGAUGCAAAUGAUGAGCCAUUUGUCGCAGAACAAGUCCAUCAUCGAUGCGUACAGCCAAGCUACUUCGACGGCGGCCGUGUCGGCCAUGAAUCGCGGCUGCAAGGAUGCCAUCACGUCACAGCUGCUUCCGUCGCUGGAAGUCUCGUUCCAGACACUCUUCGCCCAGCUGCACAACACUUUUUCCAAGGGGAUCACCGAGUUCGUACGAAACAUCGAGAGCAACCUGGAACGACACCGCAGGCUGCAAGACAAGGAAUCGGCCGUUCAACUCAACGCCACCAUGGAUAAGAUUGCCGUCGUUUUGGACCAAGUCCGGCAGUCGAUUUCGUCCGAUACCAAGACGGAAUUGAAGAAAAUCUCUCACGAAUUUCCGGAGAGGGUUCGUGUACUUUUGACUCCUGUGAUCCAGUCCGAGAUGCAACACGCCAUCAAGGAUCAGAAAGCGGCUCUGGACGGUGCCAUGUUGGCAGUUCACCAAGCCGCCCAAAUUCAAUCGCGCGCUGUGACGCCAGCGGUGGUGGAGCUGACGCCAGCCGAGCAUCAAAUCCAAUUGAAGCACAUGAUUGACCAAGGACGAUUAUUCGAAGCUUUCCAGAGGGCGCUCUACAUGAACGACUUGAGUAUGGUAACGUUCGUUUGCUCAAAAGUCGAUGCCGGUAAACUCUUCGCCUCGGAUCCUUGCGUCUUCCCACCACAAAUCCUUUUGGCGUUGAUCCAGCAACUAUCUGCAGAUCUUGGCUCGUCGACUGAAUUGAAAUUAGAAUAUCUCCAAGAAGCACUCUUGGCUGUGAACACUCAAGAUCCGCAGAUUAAGGAGCACGCACCCAAGGUGAUGCCUCAACUGGUGGUGAAUUUGCAUGCCCAGAUGGCCAACAAUCUCAGUAUCACACUGCAACGUCAAUUGCGCAUGUUACUGCGCUGUGCCGAGCCAUUGGCUUCAGCCAAGUAGGACCUUCUUUUGAAGGAGCAACAAAAUAAUAACAACAGGUCCUUCCUUGAAAACAAAAAUAACACGAUGAAAUGGUGCGCAUUUCUUUCCUUCCCAGAUUUUGGUUUCAUUAAUUUUUUCCCCGAUGUGUGUCUAGCUACUCUCAAUUUUCCAUCCCAAGCAAAGUUCAAUUUUCCCUUUGCCAAUUUAAAAAAGAAAAAGAAACAUUACUUAAACUUUUGAAGAAAAACCGAAGCAGCUUGAUAUGAUCGUGACUUAAUAAUUCUUUAAGUUCGUUUUGUUGUGUUUUUCAAUUUCCCCCCCAGGUAAAGAAAGGUUUAGCUCUAACCGCUGUCUUUAUUCCAUGUUGUGUUGAUUUAGUAAUCGAUAAAUAUUGCGCUUGCUCUUCUUCCUCCUUUAUUCUUUGCCCCCUUCAAUUUCUUGUCGCACAACAAAGAAACUUAUCAACUUGGAAGCGAUGCGAUCUUUAAAAUCUGAGAAGACGUGACGUACAAAAGAAAAAACAUAAUACAAGGAAAUUCAAAUAAAGAUACGGUUGUGUGUUUGUUUGUGUACAAUCGCACGUAAUACCAGCAGGUCCUUUUUCCUCCCCGAAGGACGUUGGUUUGUUGUGGUUAAACAAACCAACAUGACGGCGGUGGGUAAAUGCGCACAUGUUUGUAAUUCAAUAAGUUUAUUUCAUUUUGAAUAGAGUGUCUGGAGGUCAUGAAGCUGCUGUGCUGCUGUGACGCUGUUGCGUUUUUUCUUCCCCUUCGCCCAAGGAUUGUUGUGACCAAAAAGAAUCCAGCACGUGGAUUUCAGUUUUUUUCUUAUUUAUUUAUUUAUUUUUAGAUUAUCCACCAAGCAACACCAAGUCCAUUGGAAUUUUUCUUUUUUUUUGGCCGUUAUCGCUUCCUAGUGUCGCAGAGGAUAUGCGUGCCGGGUUUUUUCUUCUCCUCCGCUUUAUCACGUUGCAGCAGCGGCGGCGAGACCCGAACGAUGUCUUGUCUCUUUCCCAGACAACACAGCCCUUAACACAUUUAUUUUUUUUUGUUUCCUUCUGAUGUUUGAACCAUCACGCCAUUGAGUUGUGAUUGGUUCAUUCAGUUGUAUGGCCAUCGAGUCCACCCGGGACAAUUGUGUGAGUAAUAUAAACCACCACCACAGAGAAUUGUGUAGAAGAUAAUUUGGGUGAGACAAACAAGUUUUUUUUUUCUAGUUGGUAAGCGUUUCACAAUUUUUGGCUUUUGCGAUGGUGGUGCAACUUUGUUUUUCGGGUAUUGUUGCGUCACGUGCGCAACUUUGCAGAAAAACAACGUGAAAUGGGCGUCCCGACGCUCACGUCAGCAGUUUAUUUUCGAUUUUCUCGACUCUCCCCCAAAGUCCAUUUUUAUCAUCCCGCAACAACAAGAUCGUCAACCUCCUUCCCAACCUCCUCUUUUUUUCUUUUCUGUGUCACGUUGCUCGUCUGCCGUGAGUCGCGUGCGGAAAUAAUACGAGAACUGCAUAUCUCUGUCUGUCUGUAUACACGGGAUAGUAUGUAACAGUCACGGGAUCGCGUAUUUUCAAACAUUGUUGACAACUCGCUUGUUUUUUGUUUCACCAAACUUUUGGACUCUUCUCCUUUCCUUACGUUUAUUUAUUUUUAAAAAUUCACGCGCGAUAAAAGUGGCCGUGUUUAGUCGCGUUCGGGUUCAUCUGGAGCACCGGGGGGCGGCGUACGUGUCCCAGUCAACGUGAACAUUUUUUUGUUUUUCUUUAGAUAGUCGUCGCCGCAACAACAACAACAACCGAAAAAGAAACACAACCACCUUUCGCCGUCUCAUCGUGAGGUUGCAGCAGCAGCCAAAAAGCCGGAAAUUGCGUCGUCUGUAUUAGUUGGCGCAUUGCAUCAUAUCAAAAACCGAUGAUUGGGAAAUCAUGGGUGCAUAUAAUGUUCUGCGUAUACAAACGAAAGUAGAGAAGCAACUCUUUUCCGCCCGCGGGAUUUUUUUAUUUGAGGUGUUGUUGACGCGUUCGUUUAUUUUAUUUUGUUCCCCCCCCCCCCCCGUCUGUUUUGGGGUUUUUCAAGGUUUCCCGCAAAACUCGUCCCGAGGUCUUUCGGAUGUUGUGAAACACAUCAUUGUACAUUUUUCUUGAACGCUGCAAUACCCCCAGGAUAUGAUGAUAGUGUGUGCGUGUAUACGGUUUGAAUUUCCUCUAGUGACCUCGUUUUUCGUUCUUCAGAUGUUUCCGCUUCCGCUUUUGUACAGAUGACAUUGAAGUGAAAAAGGGCCUUUAUCUCUCGGUUGAUUGCUCAGCACAAAAGGUUCCGUUGGUUGCGUAGAUUUUAUCACGCCGGAAUAAAUAAUAAUGUUGUACCUUAUCUAGACCGUAACUUGUAAUAUCUCUGCUCGUUGUACUCCCGGUUGAGAAAGUGUGACAAUAGUGUCGUGAGUCACGGCGCUAUUCUCUUUUCUCCACUGAUUAUUGAGGGAGAAAGGACCGUCGGUGAACCGGAGUUAAAACAAACAGACAAAACGGACGGCAAUUUGCCAAUUAGCCGAUUCAUUUGUAUACACACACAAUGCCUGUUUCCGUAACACUUGAUCAAAUUGACGUAAUCGACCUCGAUCAAUUGACAUCCGCAUAGCGAAUAAGGGAAACGAUCAUUUAUUCACGAAGAAAAAAACGGGAAGAAUAAGGAAGUAUCUCAAUGUUAUAGACUUGUCGUUUGGCUUAACUGAUUGCGACUUUUCACGGAGUAAAGUUAAGUAGGCCACGGCCGCCACUAUAGACUCCCAAUGACUUGCACGCAAAUUAUUUAUGUUCUCUUUUAUACAGUGGAGAGAAAGCCGGAACCGUAGUAAGUACACGUAGUAGUAGUAGAAAAUACUACUACCAAACAGUUGUGUCAAAAUUUCACUUUGUCGUUCUCAUUUCGUGUUGUUGUGGGUGCGAAAGAAAUUUCUCUUUUUCCAACUAUUUCAACCAACAAAUUCAAAGUGUAUUGUUUUUCUUUCAUCAUGACACACAUAGAAUAUUAUUCACCCUCAUUUCUUCCUCUUACACGAGAUAUUUUUUAAAUUACAAUCAAAAUGACCAACAACCAAAAAUCCCAACAACAAGUUUUUUUUUUUUGCCAUAUCCGCGACGGAUUUGAUUAUCUAAUAAUUAGAGUAAUAAAUUUGCGAUGUAUUAAUUAAUAUUAAUAUUUACAGGUACGACGAGGGUAGAUUGGUGGGGAGGGGGUUUGGAGAAUUAUUCAAAUCAUGGAAUGGGUCUGAGAAAAAGAGGAAAAUCAAUUCAAAAAAAAUGAGUCUAAAGAAAUUGAAUGGGUCGGUUAUUAUAUAAUCAAGAAGAAGGGGAGAGGGACUAGUUGGUGA